CGGCCCUGAGCGGCGGCGCCGGCCGCCAAUGGAGCGCGGGCGGCGGGCGCGCUUCCCCCGCCCCGGCGGCGCGCACGGGGGCGCGGCCCCGGCGCAUGGAGGCGAUGCCCUGCCAGAACCAGCGCCUCGGCCCGCGGCCGCAGGAUGAGCCGCCGGCGGCCGCCACGGCCACGGCGAGCGGCGGCUCCCGGCUGAUCCGCUUCGCCGAGCCCAGCGAGGACAGCGGCUGCCCCAGCCCGGACAGCAGCAGCAGCAGCAGCAACGGGGUGGUGGCGGCGGCGCCGGUCCCCGCCGGGGAGGGCGGCGCGCCGGCCAUCGGGCCGCAGCUGAAGCUGCUGCCCAUGAACGACCAGCUGCGGGAGCUGCAGACCAUCAUCAGGGACAAGAAAUCCAGUAGAGGAGACUUCGUAUUUUCUGCUGAUCGUCUGAUCAGGCUCGUGGUUGAAGAGGGACUGAACCAACUGCCCUACACAGAAUGUACUGUGACCACUCCAACAGGACACAAGUAUGAAGGAGUCCGAUUCGAAAAGGGAAACUGCGGGGUCAGCAUCAUGAGAAGUGGGGAGGCGAUGGAGCAGGGCCUGCGGGACUGCUGCCGCUCCAUCCGCAUCGGGAAAAUCCUGAUCCAGAGCGACGAGGAGACGCAGCGAGCCAAGGUGUACUACGCCAAGUUCCCCCCCGACAUCUACAGGAGGAAAGUGCUGCUCAUGUACCCGAUCCUGAGUACUGGGAACACGGUCAUCGAGGCUGUCAAAGUGCUCGUGGAACACGGGGUCCAGCCCAGCGUCAUCAUCCUGCUCAGCCUCUUCUCCACACCUCACGGUGCCAAAUCCAUCAUCCAGGAAUUCCCAGAAAUCACCAUUUUAACUACAGAAGUGCAUCCUGUUGCACCAACACACUUUGGACAGAAGUAUUUUGGGACAGACUGACAGUCUUGGAACAACUGGAUAUGACUCUAUGGCAUUACAAGAGGUUUUUUUACAUUUUAUUACAUUUGAGUUGGUCGAGGGCAUGUUUAAAAAACCUUUUUGGCCGACUAACUUAGGUUAGUGCUGGCCUGAACAGGGAUCAGGUACAGUGACAAAGCACUCUGGUCACACGGUCAAGCAUCUCCAUGUUGGGGCUCUGUAACUGCCACACUCUGCUUUAAUCUAUUUAUUCUUCUCCAGCCUGUCCGUGGCCGCCUGCAAGAGCAAAAUAAACCCAACUAAACCCCAA